CCUCAUCUGACGUACCUUAGAUGGAUUAUAUAUAUCUACAAAUUCCGAAGGCCACAGCCUACAUCGCAAUAUUCACUGUGCUGUGUAUCCUAUCCACGCCAUAUUCUUGUCACCUCUGAACGACACUGUGUAGGCUACCUUAGUGCACCUAGAAAGACCGCCGCCACAUUGCAUAUCGGACAUCUGUUUGCGAAAGUAGCUAAUUAUAGAAAGGUUGGUUAGAUAUACUUGUCAUUUGUUUACACUUUUCUCGAGUAUUCGAGGUGAGUAAAUAUGCUAUGUGUAGCUUGUCUCACAAUGUUUACUACAGUAUCCAAUACCUUUAGUUAGUUAACGUUAGCUAACUAUCAGUCGAGUUCGACCCGGAGCGCGUUAGUCUAAAUGUGCGUAUGGACAUUAUGCCGGUGAGCGUGUUGUACGGAUAGGCCUGUUGACGAUAUAGAUAUAUAGUUUUAAUAAGGGUUUAUUGUUCAUUACACAUCUGAAAAUGCAUGACUAUCAUUUCAGUGCGUUUUGACUCCCAUCAUGCAAUUGUAAUAACUAUCUCUCCAUGUUGUCUGCCGGUAGUGUUAGCUUGCUAGAUUACUGUAGGUUACUUACUCAAAAAGUGCAGUCUGCCAAUUUCAUAGCCCUCAGGUGUGAGGUGGCUGUCUAUAGGCCUGUGUAAUUGUCUAAUCUAUCAAUCAAACCUUUUGAAAGAUCAUGUAAUGUGGUUAAAGUGCCUUGCAGAAAUCAGACAAAUAAUUUGAUGGGUGACAAAAUAUUCAGUCAGCAUUGCAGGUACAACCAUCUUGUAGGAGGUGUGUGUGGCUGUCAUUCAAAUCUUCUCGCCUCUCAAAACUAAACCAGGUGUUUCUGCUGGCUGUUGUGCAACCCGCCUCCUAGCAGACUAAACCAGACAUUUUACAUGGCCUCUGUUAGAAACUCUCCUUUAUUUGGAUGCAGUGAAUCUCAUACUUUGUCUGAUCAGUUUGUGUAAGUUUACUUCUCACUGAAUUGUUGAGUGGCUCAUCCCUCUCACUCUUGUCUAAAGCAGUGGGGUAUAGCCAUGUUGCAACUCCUAAGACACCAGGCUAGAGGGACGAGGAGAUGCCUCUGUGGCCAGCGGCGAUAUGAGCAUCACAAGAGCGUCAUGGCCAUCCGGCGUGAGGACAUCAACGUGUGGGAGAGACGGGCGCCGCUGGCUCCGCGCCACGUUAAAGAGAUUGUCCAUGCUGGCCACAAGGUCCUCGUCCAGCCCUCCAACCGAAGAGCCAUCCACGAGAAUGUGAGUUAUCACUGUUGUUGGGUAAAACAUGCACACAUCCAAUGACUGGAGAUCACUGUCGUUGCGUAAACAUGCACACAUCCAAUGACUGGAGAUCACUGCUGUUGAGUAAACAUGCACACGUCCAAUGGCUGGAGAUCAAAGUAGGCCUAUGUUCAGCAAAAAUAGGAGAAAAAAACUGCACAAUGUGAUCUAUAAAUGAGAUUUCCGUUUAGCAGGUUAAAACACUGAGAUAUGUCACUGAUUACUAUAGGAGGACCUCCACAAUGUCUAGUAAACUACAUGUCACAAAUUAUUGUUAGAAAUGACAGUUAAAAUAAAAGUCCUUGACAUGUAGCUUAUUAUCAAAGGACUGCUGUAUAAAACUUUUUACGCAACUGAAUAAAACAAAACAGUGCAUAUAAUGACAUGUAACAAUUGGGUUAGAUGUUGGCAACUGGCAUUGGAAAAGGUUUUCUGAACUAGCUUAUAAAUGAUUUUGACCUUUUUGUAUGUUUCAUUUCAGUAUUAUGAGAAAGCGGGGGCCAUAAUUUCGGAGGACAUUUCGGAGGCCUCGUUGAUCAUUGGCGUCAAGAGGCCUCCGGAGGAGAAACUCUAUCCCAGAAAGACCUACGCCUUUUUCUCUCACACCAUCAAAGCACAGGAAGCUAACAUGGGACUACUGGAUGACCUGCUCAAAAAGGUAAGGCUGUUGUUGCUCUAUCAAAGUACAACUCUGCAUUAGGCUGACAUAUGACCAUAAAACUAAGCCAGACAGUCUUCCCUAGCCUAAACAUAAAGCAUGUUCACAUUAUGGUGUGGAUGCACAUGCUGUGCCUCAUCCAUUCAUAGUGAUGGGGGGGAAACAUUUAUACAGUUACAUAUUGGGAUAUUAUUUUUGACGAUAUAUCCUAUGGUUUUGAAAGUAUUGCAAUAUUAUUUUUGCGCUUGUUGCCAGUACCUGCACCAAAACUCCAGUAUUUGUCAUUUUAUAGCUUGUUCUCCAUCUUCUUUAUAAAUAGGGAGCCAAUUUGUUUUCAGCACUUUUAUUUCCAUGACUGAUCGAAACGCGUUUUCUCAUGCUCUCUCUUGUCCCUCUGCAGUAGACAUAUGGUGAGCAAUAUGUUUGGAACAUCGAAUCACAGUAUCGAAUCGCAAUACAUAUCGUAUCGGCACCUAAGUAUCGUGAUCGUAUCGUGAGGUCCCUGGCAAUUUCCAGCACUAGUUCAUUCACAUCCUCUGGUCUUUCUAGGAAGUGCGUCUCAUCGACUACGAGAAGAUGGUGGACGCCAAUGGCUUCCGUAUAGUGGCAUUUGGACAGUGGGCUGGCGUUGCAGGUACACUUUUGUUCUACAAACCAAGAAUACAGGUGACAGUCAGUCGCCCGAUGUGUUUCUAAUUCCACAGAUUAUGUAAAACACCUCCGUUUUUUUGCCCUCAUGCUUUUGCAUUGUUUACACACCAAACCCGUUCUCAGAGAUGAUUAACUCUCGAGGUUCCACUAGUCCGUACUGAUCUACAGUGGCUUGCGAAUGUAUUCACCCCCUUGGCAUUUUUCCUAUUUUGUUGCCUUACAACCUGGAAUUAAAAUGGAUUUUUGGGGGGUUUGUAUCAUUUGAUUUACACAACAUGCCUACCAUUUUGAAGAUGCAAAAUAUUUUUUAUUGUGAAACAAACAAGAAAUAAGACAAAAAAACAACUUGAGCGUGCAUAACUAUUCACCCCCCCAAGUCAAUACUUAGUAGAGCCACCUUUUGCAGCAAUUACAGCUGCAAGUCCCUUGGGGUAUGUCUCUAUAAGCUUGGCACAUCUAGCCACUGGGAUUUUUGCCCAUUCUUCAAGGCAAAACUGCUCUAGCUCCUUCAAGUUGGAUGGGUUCCGCUGGAGUACAGCAAUCUUUAAGUCAUACCACAGAUUCUCAAUUGGAUUGAGGUCUGGGGUUUGACUAGGCCAUUCCAAGACAUUUAAAUGUUUCCCCUUAAACCACUUGAGUGUUGCUUUAGCAGUAUGCUUAGGGUCAUUGUCCUGCUGGAAGGUGAACCUCCGUCCCAGUCUCAAAUCUCUGGAAGACCAACAGGUUUCCCUCAAGAAUUUCCCUGUAUUUAGCACCAUCCAUCAUUCCUUCAAUUCUGACCAGUUUCCCAGUCCCUGCUGAUGUAAAACAUCCCCACAGCAUGAUGCUGCCACCACCAUGCUUCACUGUGGAGAUGGUAUUCUCGGGGUGAUGAGUGGUGUUGGGUUUGUGCCAGACAUAGCGUUUUCCUUGAUGGCCAAAAAGCUCAAUUUUAGUCUCAUCUGACCAGAGUACCUUCUUCCAUAUGUUUGGGGAGUCUCCCACAUGCCUUUUGGCGAACACCAAACGUGUUUGCUUAUUCUUUUCUUUAAGCAAUGGCUUUUUUUCUGGCCACUCUUCCGUAAAGCCCAGCUCUGUGGAGUGUACGGCUUAAAGUGGUCAUAUGGACAGAUAAUCCAAUCUCUGCUGUGGAGCUUUGCAGCUCCUUCAGGGUUAUCUUUGGUCUCUUUGUUGCCUCUGAUUAAUGCCCUCCUUGCCUGGUCCGUGAGUUUUGGUGGGCGGCCCUCUCUUGGCAGGUUUGUUGUGGUGCCUUAUUCUUUCAAUUUUUUAAUAAUGGAUUUAAUGGUGCUCUGUGGGAUGUUCAAAGUUUCUGAUAUUUUUUUAUAACCCAACCCUGAUCUGUACUUCUCCACAACUUUGUCCCUGACCUGUUUGGAGAGCUCCUUGGUCUUCAUGGUGCUGCUUGCUUGGUGGUGCCCCUUGCUUAGUGGUGUUGCAGACUCUGGGGCCUUUCAGAACAGGUGUAUAUAUACUGAGAUCAUGUGACAGAUCAUGUGACACUUAGAUUGCACACAGGUGGACUUUAUUUAACAAAUUAUGUGACACCUGAAGGUAAUUGGUUGCAUUUAGGGGCUUCAUAGCAAAGGGGGUGAAAUCAUAUGCACGCACCACUUUUCCGUUAUUUAUUUUGUAAAAUUUUUUGAAACAAGUUAUUUUUUCAUUUCACUUCACCAAUUUGGACUAUUUUGUGUAUGUCCAUUACAUGAAAUCCAAAUAAAAAUCCAUUUAAAUUACAGAAUGCAACAAAAUAGGAAAAACGCCAAGGGGGAUGAAUAAUUUUGCAAGGCACUGUAGGUACACUACCGGUCAAAAGUUAUAGAACAGCUACUCAUUCAAGGGUUUUUCUUUAUUUUUUACUAUUUUCUGCAUUGUAGAGUAAUAGUGAAGAUAUCAAAACUAUGAAAUGACACAUGGAAUCAUGUAGUAACCAAAAAAGUGUUAAACAAAUCAAAAUAUAUUUUAUAUUUGAGAUUCUUCAAAUAACCACCCUUUGCCUUGAUUACAGCUUUGCACUCUUGGCAUUCUCUCAACCAGCUUCACCUGGAAUGCUUUUCCAACAGUCUUGAAGGAGUUCCCACAUAUGCUGAGCACUUGUUGGUUGCUUUUCCUUCACUCUGCGGUCUGACUCAUCCCAAACCAUCUCAAUUUGGUUGAGGUCGGGGGAUUGUGGAGGCCAGGUCAUCUGAUGCAGCACUCCAUCACUCUCCUUCUUGGUAAAAUAGCCCUUACACAGCCUGGAGGUGUGUUGGGUCAUUGUCCUGUUGAAAAACAAAUGAUAGUCCCACUAAGCCCAAACCAGAUUCGAUGGCGUAUCGCUGCAGAAUGCUGUGGUAGCCAUGGUGGUUAAGUGUGCCUUGAAUUCUAAAUAAAUCACAGACAGUGUCACCAGCAAAGCACCCCCACACCAUAACACCUCCUUCUCCAUGCUUUACGGUGGGAAAUAUACAUGCAGAGAUCAUCCGUUUACCCACACUGCGUCUCAAAGACACGGCGGUUGGAACCAAAGAUCUCCAAUUUGGACUCCAGACCAAAGGACCGAUUUCCACGGUCUAAUGUCCAUUGCUCGUGUUUCUUGGCCCAAGCAGGUCUCUUCUUAUUGGUGUCCUUUAGUAAUGGUUUGCAGCAAUUCAACCAGAUUCACACAGUCUCCUCUGAACAGUUGAUGUUGAGAUGUGUCUGUUACUUGAACUCUGUGAAGCAUUUAUUUGGGCUGCAAUUUCUGAGGCUGGUAACUCUAAUGAAAUUAUCCUCUGCAGCAGAGGUAACUCUGGGUGUUCCAUUCCUGUGGCGGUCCUCAUGAGAGCCAGUUUCAUCGUAGCGCUUGAUGGUUUUUGCGACUGCACUUGAAGAAACUUUCAAAGUUCUUGAAAUGUUCCGUAUUGACUGACCUUCAGGUCUUAAAGUAAUGAUGGACUGUCGUUUCUCUUUUCUUAUUUGAGCUGUUCUUGCCAUAAUAUGGACUUGGUCUUUUACCAAAUAAGGCUAUCUUCUGUAUACCCCCCCCUACCUUGUCACAACACAACUGAUUGGCUCAAACGCAUUAAGAAGGAAAGAAAUUACACAAAUUAACUUUUAAGAAGGCACACCUGUUAAUUGAAAUGCAUUCCAGGUGACUACCUCAUGAAGCUGGUUGAGAGAAUAUGCCAAGAGUGUGCAAAGCUGUCAUCAAGGCAACGGGUGGCUAUUUGAAGAAUCUCAUAUAAAAUAUAUUUUCAUUUGUUUAACACUUUUUUGGUUACUACAUGAUUCCGUAUGUGUUAUUUCAUAGUUUUGAUGUCUUCACUAUUAUUAUACAAUGUAGAAAAUAGUAAAAAAAAAAAAAAACUUGAAUGAGUAGGUGUUCUAAAACUUUUGACUGGUAGUGUAAAUCUACAUUUUGAAUUGUUGUAUUGCUGUCCUCAGGGCACCAUUGUAAAUGAGACCCUGGUCUCAGUGGGUUUUAUAAAAUAUAAACACUAGCUGAAUUUACUUAUUUUUCAAGUAUGUAUCCCUAUUUUCAAAUGCCCUUUCGUCCAACAUCUAUUAUCAAAGCAGUGUUCCUACUUUGUUUCACUUUUCCUAUGUUCUUCUCUAACAGGAAUGAUCAAUAUUUUGCAUGGUUUGGGACUUCGUUUUCUGGCGUUGGGACACCACACUCCUUUUAUGGUAAGGAGUUGACCUAGUGGAUUCCAUGUAAUUUCAAUGCUUCAACUAUUUCCUCUUCCUCCACUGGACCUCUGACAUCACUUCCUGUGUCACAGCACAUCGGUAUGGCCCACAACUACAGGAACGUCAGCCAGGCCAUCCAGGCAGUGAGGGAUUGUGGGUACGAGAUCUCCAUGGGCCUCAUGCCCAAGUCCAUCGGCCCAGUGACGUUUGUCUUCACCGGCACAGGCAACGUCUCCAAGGUAGGUAGACCUAGUGUAACCCAAGACAAACUAUGUCUAAACUAUCACCAAACACAACCUGUUCAUACAAAUAGAUAAAGGUGUUAGGAAGGUGAGUGCUAAGUGAAUUCUACAACAUGGGAAUGCAUACCUUCUCUUCAACUACUACUUUCUCCUAUAAUGUAGGGUGCACAAGAUAUCAUCAAUGAGCUUCCUGUAGAAUACGUGGAGCCUCAUGAGCUAAAAGAUGCGUCUCAAACUGGAGGUACUACAUCCCCAUUUCUGAUGGGGUGCAUUUGCAUAUUCAACAUUUAAUGCAUAUAAUAUACAUGAAAGGAUAUGUAUUAUCAUAUUAAUGUAUGUGUUCUGUGUUUAAUGUUCACCAUGUGACACUGCUAUCUCCAUCUCUCUGGUUUUAGACAUGUCCAGAGUGUACGCCACCGUUCUGAGUCGUCACCACCACCUGAUGAGGAAGAGUGAUGGUGUUUAUGACCCCCUGGAGUACGAGUAUCACCCGGAACUGUACACAUCACACUUCAGAACCAGCGUGAGUCUGCCUUUACCACUAUCACAACCAGUUCAGCCGGUUCACCUGUUCCUGCUGCUCAGCCAGGAGCUGCGAGUCCUUUGGCACAGCCACACUGCUUUGUCCUCUGAAGCCUGAGCUGAUUGGCUAUGACUUAUUAUUAUUAUUAUUAUUAUUAUUAUUAUUAUUAUAGCGGCUUACAGUCUGUCAGUGGGCAACCACACUGUACAAGCUGAGAUGUCAAAUAUGAUUAUGUAGAUGGUAGGUUGUGGAACUGGGUUUGUGGAUGUCUUGUCAAUAUGAUUUGCAGAUACACCGAAGACCAAUUGUCAGUGGUGGUAGAAUUGGUUUAAGUUGAUACAGUAGUGGUAGCAGCGGUAGCAGCAGUAGUGGUAGCAGUGGUAGCAGCAGCAGCUAUAGUUGUAGCAGCAGCCAUAGUGGUAGUAGCAGAAGCAGCCAUAGUGGUAUCAGCAGCAGCAGCCAUAGUGGUAGCAGCAGCAGCAGCCAUAGUGGUAGCAGCAGCCAUAGUGGUAGCAGCAGCAGCCAUAGUGGUAUCAGCAGCAGCAGCCAUAGUGGUAUCAGCAGCAGCAGCCAUAGUGGUAGCAGCAGCAGCAGCAGCCAUAGUGGCAGCAGCAGCCAUAGUGGUAGCAGCAGCCAUAGUGGUAGCAGCAGCAGCCAUAGUGGUAUCAGCAGCAGCAGCCAUAGUGGUAGCAGUGGUAGCAGCCAUAGUGGUAGCAGUGGUAGCAGCAGCAGACAUAGUGGUAUCAGCAGCAGCAGCCAUAGUGGUAUCAGCAGCAGCAGCCAUAGUGGUAUCAGCAGCAGCAGCCAUAGUGGUAUCAGCAGCAGCAGCCAUAGUGGUAUCAGCAGUAGCAGCCAUAGUGGUAUCAGCAGCAGCAGCCAUAGUGGUAGCAGUGGUAGCAGCAGCAGCCAUAGUGGUAGCAGCAGCCAUAGUGGUAUCAGCAGCAGCAGCCAUAGUGGUAUCAGCAGCAGCAGCCAUAGCGGUAUCAGCAGCAGCAGCCAUAGUGGUAGCAGCAGCCAUAGUGGUAGCAGCAGCAGCAGCAGCCAUAGUGGUAGCAGCAGCCAUAGUGGUAGCAGCAGCAGCAGCCAUAGUGGUAUCAGCAGCAGCAGCCAUAGUGGUAUCAGCAGCAGCAGCCAUAGUGGUUUCAGCAGAAGCAGCCAUAGUGGUAUCAGCAGCAGCAGCCAUAGUGGUAGCAGCAGCAGCAGCCAUAGUGGUAUCAGCAGAAGCAGCCAUAGUGGUAUCAGCAGCAGCAGCCAUAGUGGUAGCAGCAGCAGCAGCCAUAGUGGUAGCAGCAGCAGCAGCCAUAGUGGUAGCAGCAGCAGCAGCCAUAGUGGUAUCAGCAGCAGCAGCCAUAGUGGUAGCAGCAGCCAUAGUGGUAUCAGCAGCAGCAGCAGCCAUAGUGGUAGCAGCAGCCAUAGUGGUAGCAGCAGCAGCCAUAGUGGUAGCAGCAGCCAUAGUGGUAUCAGCAGCAGCAGCCAUAGUGGUAUCAGCAGCAGCAGCCAUAGUGGUAGCAGCAGCCAUAGUGGUAGCAGCAGCCAUAGUGGUAGCAGCAGCAAAAGCCAUAGUGGCAGUAGCAGCAGCCAUUGUAGUAGCAGCAGCAGCCAUUGUGGUAGCAGCUAUAGUUGUAGCAGCAGCCAUUGUGGUAGCAGCUAUAGUUGUAGCAGCAGCCAUUGUGGUAGCAGCUAUAGUUGUAGCAGCAGCCAUUGUGGUAGCAGCUAUAGUUGUAGCAGCAGCCAUUGUGGUAGCAGCUAUAGUUGUAGCAGCAGCCAUUGUGGUAGCAGCUAUAGUUGUAGCAGCAGCCAUUGUGGUAGCAGCUAUAGUUGUAGCAGCAGCCAUUGUGGUAGCAGCUAUAGUUGUAGCAGCAGCCAUUGUGGUAGCAGCUAUAGUUGUAGCAGCAGCCAUAGUGGUAGCAGCUAUAGUUGUAGCAGCAGCCAUUGUGGUAGCAGCUAUAGUUGUAGCAGCAGCCAUGGUCCUCUGUAACGCCAGGGUAGUGGGUUCGAUCCCGGGAGCACCCAUACGUAAAAUGUAUGCACACAUGACUGUAAGUCGCUUUGGAUAAAAGCGUCUGCUAAAUGGCAUAUUAUUAUUAUAGUGGUUGCAGUGGCAUUGUGGGAGAAGUAGUGGAAGCAAUUGCAUCGCUAAUGACUCGGCCCGCUUUUUGUCCUCCCGGCCUCAGGUGGCGCCCUACACCACGUGCCUGAUCAACGGCAUCUACUGGGACCCCCAGACACCGCGGCUCCUCAGGCGGCUGGAUGCCCAGAGGCUCCUGACGCACGUCAAGCCCUCUGCCGCCGCUACGGAGGGAUGGCCAGAGCUACCACACAAGUAAGUCGUCGUCCCCCCCCCCCCCACUAUUUGGACUGGGACUAUGGCAUUCAGAAGCGCACGCUUAUCUUCAGUAAUGUUUACAUUGUACGGGAACUCAACCAAAGAGUGCGGAGUGCAGUCAUCGUGACCCGACUGGCUGAUAAACACUCUGAUAUGGACUCUACCUCUGAUAUGGACUCUACUUUUCUUAUCUUCCCUCAUUACUUCCUGUCUUUCUUUCUUUUUCUCAGGCUUCUGGCAAUCUGUGACAUAUCUGCCGACAUGGGGGGCUCCAUUGAGUUCAUGACUGAGUGCACCACCAUUGAUAAGCCUUUCUGUAUGUAUGAUGCGGACCAGCACAUAGACCACGACAGGUACAGACCAGGGGAGAACGACUGCCCCCUCUCAUUGAAGCCAUGGAAGUUCAAGGCCGACCGCGGUACAUUAUAGUGAAGGGGAAAAUGGCAAUCUUCUUGUAAAUAUAAAAAUGUUUCGAAGACUGUCAUGGUACUAAUAAUUGCUUCUAAUACACCAGAUGUAUGUCCUUGAACCGAUUUUAUUAUACACUGCUCAAAAAAAGAAAGGGAACACUAAAAUAACAUGAAUGAAUUAAAUAAUCUUAUUAAAUACUUUUUUCUUUACAUAGUUGAAUGUGCUGACAACAAAAUCACACAAAAAUUAUCAAUGAAAUCAAAUUUAUCAACCCAUGGAGGUCUGGAUUUGGAGUCACCCUCAAAAUUAAAGUGGAAAACCACACUACAGGCUGAUCCAACUUUGAUGUAAUGUCCUUAAAACAAGUCAAAAUGAGGCUCAGUAGUGUGUGUGGCCUCCACGUGCCUGUAUGACCUCCCUACAACGCCUGGGCAUGCUCCUGAUGAGGUGGCGGAUGGUCUCCUGAGGGAUCUCCUCCCAGACCUGGACUAAAGCAUCCGCCAACUCCUGGACAGUCUGUGGUGCAACGUGGCGUUGGUGGAUGGAGCGAGACAUGAUGUCCCAGAUGUGCUCAAUUGGAUUCAGGUCUGGGGAACGGACGGGCCAGUCCAUAGCAUCAAUGCCUUCCUCUUGCAGGAACUGCUGACACACUCCAGCCACAUGAGGUCUAGCAUUGUGUUGCAUUAGGAGGAACCCAGGGCCAACCGCACCAGCAUAUGGUCUCACAAGGGGUCUGAGGAUCUCAUCUCGGUACCUAAUGGCAGUCAGGCUACCUCUGGCGAGCACAUGGAGGGCUGUGCGGCCCCCCCAAAUAAAUGACACCCCACACCAUGACUGACCCGCCGCCAAACCGGUCAUGCUGGAGGAUGUUGCAGGCAGCAGAACGUUCUCCACGGCGUCUCCAGACUCUGUCACGUCUGUCACAUGUGCUCAGUGUGAACCUGCUUUCAUCUGUGAAGAGCACAGGGCGCCAGUGGCGAAUUUGCCAAUCUUGGUGUUCUCUGGCAAAUGCCAAACGUCCUGCACGGUGUUGGGCUGUAAGCACAACCCCCACCUGUGGACGUCGGGCCCUCAUACCACCCUCAUGGAGUCUGUUUCUGACCGUUUGAGCAGACACAUGCACAUUUGUGGCCUGCCGGAGGUCAUUUUGCAGGGCUCUGGCAGUGCUCCUCCUGCUCCUCCUUGCACAAAGGCGGAGGCAGCAGUCCUGCUGCUGGGUUGUUGCCCUCCUACGGCCUCCUCCACGUCUCCUGAUGUACUGGCCUGUCUCCUGGUAGCGCCUCCAUGCUCUGGACACUACGCUGACAGACACAGCAAACCUUCUUGCCACAGCUCGCAUUGAUGUGCCAUCCUGGAUGAGCUGCAUUACCUGAGCCACUUGUGUGGGUUGUAGACUCCGUCUCAUGCUACCACUAGAGUGAAAGCACCACCAGCAUUCAAAAGUGACCAAAACAUCAGCCAGGAAGCAUAGGAACUGAGAAGUGGUCUGUGGUCACCACCUGCAAAACCAGUCCUUUAUUGGGGGUGUCUUGCUAAUUGCCUAUAAUUUCCACCUGUUGUCUAUUUCAUUUGCACAACAGCAUGUGAAAUUUAUUGUCAAUCAGUGUUGCUUCCUAAGUGGACAGUUUGAUUUCACAGAAGUGUGAUUGACUUGGAGUUACAUUGUGUUGUUUAAGUGUUCCCUUUAUUUUUUUGAGCAGUGUAUAUAUAUAUAUAUAUAUAUAUUUUUUUUUUAAACAAUCGCAGCCUGCAGUACCCCGGUCAGCCUUCAACUUGUUACUCAGUAAGAUGGGGCAGCACUGAGCUAGCCUGCAACAGCUCAAACUGCAUGUUAUGUCUGCAUGAAACUCCAUCUUAAGACUUCAUUUGGCUUCAAUGCGCUAUUGAGUCUUCACACAGGAAUUAAUGGUGUCCUGUGAUUGAUGGCUUUGUCCAUUCAUAUACAGUCAUUUGUACAAACACCCAUACAUAACAUGUACUCCCACCAGGCCUUGCAAAUUGUCUACUCUUCUUUGAUGGUGUCUUUGUCUUUCCAGUGUGGAGGGCACAGGUAUCCUCAUGUGCUCUAUUGAUAACCUUCCUGCCCAGCUCCCCAUUGAAGCCACUGAGUAUUUCGGAGACCGCCUUUUUCCCUACAUUUGGGAGAUGGUAAGAUGCUGGGGUAAGGUGCACUGCACCAUUAGCAUUUUUUUGUUUUCGGUUUAGUUUGUUUGGGGAGAGGGUUGUCCAAAUGUGGAAUGCAGCCAUACGAGCGCACAACAAAAUCUCAGGUUAUGUUUGUCUGUUCCAGCUUACCGCACUGUGGUUGUCACUAGUUACCACAAAGUCAAAAUGGGCUAUAUCGUAAAGAUUCAUGAAAACAAAAAUUUGUUUUUUGCUCUUAAUAUAAGGUUAGGCAUAAGGUUAGCAGUGUGGUUAACGUUAGGGUUGGGUUUACGUUUAAAAUCAGAUUUUAAGAAGAAAUUGUAGAAAUAGGCAGGGUUUAGCCAUAAUUCAGACUUUGUGGCUGUGGUAACUAGUGAAGACCCCGCACUGUAGCUACCACUGCUUGCCAGUGAUGGCCGCUUAGUGGGAAUUCUGUUAUUUUCAGAAUUAACAAGUACUUCCCGGUUCUGUCUUCUUCAGCUGCCCUCCGAUGCCACCAGACCCCUUGAAGAAGAGGACUUCUCACCUCAAGUUAGAGACGUGAGUAUCACACACACAAAUCCCUCUUACGCAAUCAUUUUUGCAUCAUGAACGAAAAGGCUAUGGACUUGAAACCUUGAUGCAGCUUGACGUGAAACUAGUUAUGAAAUUAUUUGCUACUGCUAUGCGAUAAUAGCUAACCAAGAUCUCAUUGUUGGCUGCAUUGUGUGUUUUUCGCUAAAGUAUGUUGGUUUCAGGAGACCACAUUGAAGUUUACAAUCUAUAUACAGAUGGAUGUUUUUUUAUUUGACUUUUGGACUACAGUUGCCAUGUGACGUGCUGUAGUAGGGCAAUAGACAGUGACUUGUUUUGUCAGAUUUUUGUCAUUUAUGGCAUAUUUGUACAUAAAACCAUUUUUUUACCGACAUUGGACUGUUUUUUUUUUUACAUCUUUCCUCCAUUGAAGGCUGUGAUAACGUCAGAAGGAAAGCUUACCCCAAAGUUUGAAUACAUUGAAGAACUUCGUGAACGAAGGUAAGAUUGCAUGUCAAUAUAUCUAGUGGUUAGAGAAUGGCUUUCUUGUUUAAUUUCUUUUGUGCGUUUUCAGGAUGAUUUUAAGUGUGACUGUUAUAACAAAAUAGAUUUUACUGUUGAAGCCCUUGAGGUUUUAAUGUGCUUUCUUUAAUGUUAUAACAAUUAAACAGCAAUUAUGUUGUCUAUGUAAUAACUGAUCUGAAAAUGCAUUUUCUGCACAAUUGUAUGCUAGUUUGGUAAGCUUCAUGUUGUUGGCUUUGUGUUUUCCAAGAAAUAAAUCUGAUGAAAUUACUUUGGUAAAUAUGCCUGUCACAUCAUGGAGGUAACGCUGCCAAUCUAAGGAAGAAAUCUCUAAAGAUUCCUUUACAGGUAAAACAUUCAGUAGUUGGCAAGUAUUUUGACGAAUAGUCAAGUUUGACACCUGCUACAAACUGUAGUCUCAGUUUGUAGAUGGCAUAACAUUAGCAUAGCAUACCUAGUGAGCAGCAUAGCAGAUACAGCAUAGCAAUAGACUACAUUUGCUUAAUAGCUUAUUAUUUGUAACUUUUCCCCUUCCUCAUUGUCUAGUUGAGCUCAGGCUUUAGGGUGUAAUGUGUACUAUCCUCCACCCAGCAGGGGGAGCUCUAUCUUGCCCCAGACUCAGGGCAAUUCACUACAGCUCAUCAGGUGCUGUCUGCCGGAGUCUCCACUAACCCUCACCUUGUUGUUCCGUCCUUGCACAGUGCGCUCACGGUGUGCUGGUGUGUGCCAGUCUACCCCGCUCUAACACCUUGCAUGGCUAACAUGCCAUCGCCGCUGCCUCCACUUCUACUGAGACGCAGGAGUUUUCUCUCUCACUGAGGGGCUCUUUCGUGGGUAGACAAGUCUUUUCUCAUUCUAAAACACCACCACCCUCUGUCCCAUCUCGCAGUGUCCUGUCCCUUCAUUUUGGCAUGCGAACAAGAAAAUCAUACCUUUUUCGUUCAUCGUUGUUCCCUCUGUUGCGAAAUUUGAAAAUCUUCCACCAUCAAUCAUAAUAACGUCAAUGUUUUCAAUGCAAAAUUAUUUUCUCAUUUCAUUUACUCCCAUUCCGUUAAUAUAUAUGUAUCUUUUCCUGGUGUAGGCUAACCUCAAACAUUUUCUUCAAUUACAAAAAUGAAUUAUUUCUGUUUUUAACCAAAAGAUUUGUUCACUAAUCAAAUAGAAACCUGCAUGCAAAAAGAGGACUCUUAUCUCCCUUGUUCACAUAGACUUUGCUUUCAUAAACAUUGUAGCUCUUCUUCAGAAGCUCUCCUAGACUACAGCAUUCAUGCAUUGUGCCCUUUCAAGGUUUUCCUAAGUAGUAGCUAGAUGUAGAGAGAGAUGGUUUGCUCUGGUCUGAAAAUGGGUUGAAUGUGUUCAUGGUUUAUUUUCACACUGACAUACUUUAACCUUCAUCCGUUUGAUCCUGACUGAACCAUGACCCAGAUGAGCACUUUGUGAUCAAAAUUAUCACUCAAAGGCCGCCACGUUCAAGCCCUCUUCAAGCAUGGUCAAUCCUGGAGAGAGAGUACAACUGGAAAUGGUGGCAAUCCCUUCUUCGAAACGAUGAUACUAAGAACAAGGCUUCCGUUUCAUACCAUUUUGAGUGAUUUUUGUUUUUGUAUUUGGUUGAUGAGUUGACCUUAGUUUCACCUCUCUAGACAAGCCAUGUCUCAGGAUCUUAAGUCUUCAAAUCCCUCUGAUUGGGUAUUGCUCUUAACAUAUGUAAACUUGAGACAAAUAGGCUCCUGAGGGGAAUCCCCCAUCUCUCUUAUUUUUUUAAUUAAAGAAGCCAGCCCCUCCAUUGUCAAUGGAUGGCUUGCCGGACCUCAUGCCCAGCUCUACGUACUCUUGUGCACAUGUACAGUGUCACAUCCAAUUAGGCUGAGGCUGCCGGUUGGACCCUGACAACUCCCUGGGGAAUUGGUGGGGGAGGGUGAAUUGGGGGGGAUAUUGCUGAGUAAACUGAUGAUUCUGCAGGUCACUGUAUGAUAGAAGAGGCUGCCAUGGUGACCUUUGGACUGUAUGGUGCCCAGUAUUGGAAUCGCCUUGUUUUAAUUUAAAUCACAUUUCAUGUCUGUGAUUGGAUCCCAUUUUGUUAAUUAAUGAGUAUUUGCUGCAUAUGAAGAUCACCCUGUUUUUAAUUUAACGCAUUUCAUUGAUUGAAUCUCAUUUAGUUUUGAUUGAUUUAAUAUACUUCAUCACAGUGCAUCAGCUUGGGUUUUCACAAAAAAUCUUAGUCUUUCAUUAUUAGUGUGUGAUUUGCUGGGUUAUGUGGGUGGGGGAACUCCCUCCUGUAAGAUUUUGUCACCGGCAUUGGUUGUUAAGUAGUAAUUUCUUAGGAGGAUGCAAUUAAAACUGUUGACGAUUUAUAUUAAAUUAAUUAUAUUGCCCACCCACAUCCCCAUCUCUGCUUGGUAAGCAAAUCACUGGUUAUAAUUCUGAGCAAGAUUGCUUGUAUUCAGCUUCUCAUUAUGCAUGUGUGAGAAAGACACUCUGUGUCUGUGAUGACUUUAUUCUGUGCUCCCCUCAGAGAGCAAGCCAAGAUCACGAAGAGGAGUGGAAUGAAGCGAGUGCUACUACUGGGCUCAGGUUACGUGUCGGGCCCAGUCAUCGAGUACCUCACCCGGGACCCAGGAACUCAAAUCACUGUUGGUAAGGCUCUGAAAAGGAAAUGUUGCACUAUUCCCACUAUAUUCACAAAUACCCAGUUGAUGAUGAUUUCAUUAUUUAAAUGUUUAACUGGAUGCACACAAUCUAUUGUGUGUACAUCUCCAAUUACUUAAUGAAUUGUAAAGGGUGCCUCAGGGCUCAAGCCCCAGCACAUUUGGUUUCAAAUUGUAAUUUCACUCAAAUAUUUCACCCCUCCCAUCUCUCUCACAGCUGUUAUCCAUGUCUCCUUGUGUUUUAGCAUCAGUAUUUUUGACCCAGGCAGAGGAGCUGGCAGGGAAAUACCCCAACACCAUCCCUGUCAUGCUGGAUGUCACCAGUCAGGAGGGCCACCUGGAGUCCCUGGUCAAAGACCAUGACCUAGUCAUUAGGUACACACACACACACACACACACACACACCUGUGGUGAAUGAGCGGUGAGUGUGUCAUUGUCACAUGUGCUGUUUAUGCCCUCAGUAUGCUGCCGUACGGGUAUCACCCUGUCAUCGCCAAACACUGCAUCAACAAGAAGGUAAACAUGGUGACUGCCAGCUACCUGAGUCCAGCCAUGAAGGACCUCCAACAGAGGUAGGAGAGAAGUGUAUGGGGAGAAGAGGACAUUCCUCUGGGUUUUAAAGUAGGAGCGAGAGGGCUGGGGUUAGGGGAAAACAUAUCUAUGUACAAGUGGAGAUUUAAUGGUCAAAUGUGUGUUAUCUUGUCUUAAUGCUAACCUUGGGCUAUUUCAUACACAGUUGACUUAAUGUAAGCUACAGGCAGGCACCAAGACACUUGACCUAAUUGCUUGACAUGGCAUUAGCCAGGAUAAGCUAGUAGUCAAGGGAAUGUAUUGGCUCCACGUGGGGCAGGUGUGGCUGAGUGUGUUUUUCUGUGUGAUUCCUUCCAGUGCUGAGGAAGCUGGCAUCACCAUAGUGAAUGAGAUGGGCCUGGACCCUGGCAUCGACCACAUGCUAGCUAUGGAGUGCAUCGACCAAGCCAAGGCGGACGGCUGCACUGUGAGUGAAACGUGUGAGGAAGAUUGUGACAGAAUCUAUAUGUUUGAGUGAUUUGUGAGUUUGAGAGGAAGUGUUUGGGUGAUUGUGGGGCCUGUACAUACGGAUGUUGUGUGUGUGGUGUGCACAUAAUGAUCGAUUGAGCGUAUGUCGAAGGGAUGAGUGGCAUCUUGUCAGUUUCCUUGGCAGCAUUAUUGAUUGCGGGCCCAACAGAUUGAAACACCAUGUGUUUUCGAUUUGUUCAUUUUUCCCCCCAUCUUGACGUAAAGAUGACUGUCUUGACAAAACAUUGGGUAGAUGUCUGUGUAAAUUGUGUUUUUAAACCAUUUACGUGUGUGUCCUUAGAUUGAGUCAUACAGUUCAUUCUGUGGUGGACUCCCUGCACCAGAAUGCUCAGACAAUCCUCUGCGCUACAAAUUCAGCUGGAGUCCAUAUGGAGUCCUCCUCAAUACCAUCAGCCCUGCCAUCUUCCUCAAGGACAACGAGGUACAGUGGCCAUCUAGGAUCAGCAUAUCCUCCCCAAAAACCUAACCUGAACCAUAAGGGACGGUGAUGCAAAGCUGACCUUAGAUCAGUGCUUCGGGGUAACUUAAUCCUCUGUUUCCCCCCAGGUGGUGAGCAUCCCAGCAGGCGGCACUCUGAUGGAAUCCACAGCUCCCAUGGACUUCCUGCCCGGCUUCAACCUGGAGGGCUUCCCCAACCGCGACAGCACCAAAUACUCAGAGCAAUACGGCAUCGAGUCAGCCCACACACUCAUCAGAGGAACACUCCGCUUCAAGGUAGGUACUGCCACUGACCUCUACAAUAAUGUGGUUUUAAUGGGUUGGAGCAUGGUGCUGCUAGCAACACUGGGGUCACUUUGCUAUUAUCUGAUCUGAUUCAAUGGUCAGUUAAUUAUGUGUCUUGUCCACAAGGGUUUCUCCAAGGCCAUGAGUGGCUUUGUGAAGCUGGGUCUAAUCAACACUGACCCCUGCCCCAUGCUGAAGCACACCUCCGCUCCCGUCUCCUGGGUAAGAAUGAGAAUCCUGCUUAUAACAACUUUAUUACCAGCUCAUGCCUCUUGUGCGAUUCCUUACCCAUAUUCUGUAUUUUCCCUGUGCAACAGAAAGAGCUGCUGUGUAAGCAGAUUGGCCUGCCCACCUCCACCUCUGAGGAGGCCUUCGAGGGAGCCGUUUACGACCGCAUCGGCCAAGACCAUUUCAAGAUGGAGACACUCAAAUGGUAAGGCCCAUGUCCUAACCAUAGCCAUACACUGUAUAUGCAUGAAAUCCACAUUGUCACACAUCCCCUACCCCCCUAGGUACUACACAUCCCCUACCCCCCUAGGUACUACACAUCCCCUACCCCCCUAGGUACUACACAUCCCCUACCCCCCUAGGUACUACACAUCCCCUACCCCCCUAGGUACUACACAUCCCCUACCCCCUAGGUACUACACAUCCCCUACCCCCCUAGGUACACACAUCCCUACCCCCCUAGGGUACUACACAUCCCCUACCCCCCUAGGUACUAACACAUCCCUACCCCCCUAGGUACUACACAUCCCCUACCCCCCUAGGUACUACACAUCCCCUACCCCCCUAGGUACUACACAUCCCCCUACCCCCCCUAGGUACUACACAUCCCUACCCCCCUAGGUACUACACAUCCCCUACCCCCCCUAGGUACUACACAUCCCCUACCCCCUAGGUACUACACAUCCCCUACCCCCCCUAGGUACUACACAUCCCCUACCCACCCUAGGUACUACACAUCCCCUACCCCCCUAGGUACUACACAUCCCCUACCCCCCUAGGUACUACACAUCCCUACCCCCCUAGGUACUACACAUCCCCUACCCCCCUAGGUCUACACAUCCCCUACCCCCCCUAGGUACUACACAUCCCCUACCCCCCCUAGGUACUACACAUCCCCGACCCCCCCUAGUAACUACACAUCCCCCUACCCCCCCUAGGUACUACACAUCCCCUACCCCCUAGGUACUACACAUCCCCUACCCCCCCUAGGUACUACACAUCCCCUACCCCCCUAGGUACUACAAUCCCCUACCCCCCUAGGUACUACACAUCCCCUACCCCCCCUAGGUACUACACAUCCCCUACCCCCCCUAGGUACUACACAUCCCUACCCCCCUAGUACUACACAUCCCCUGCCCCCUAGGUACUACACAUCCCCUACCCCCCCUAGGUACUACACAUCCCCUACCCCCCUAGGUACUACACAUCCCCUACCCCCCCUAGGUACUACACAUCCCCUACCCCCCCUAGGGUACUACACAUCCCCUACCCCCCUAGGUACUACACAUCCCCUACCCCCCUAGGUACUACACAUCCCCUACCCCACUAGGUACUACACAUCCCCUACCCCCCUAGAUACUUAUCAGUCCCUACCCCCCCUAUACAUAUCAGCCCCUACCCCCCCUAGAUACUUACACUACAUGACCAACAGUAUGUGGACACCUGCUUGUCGAACAUCUCAUUCUAAAAUGGUGGGCAUUAAUAUGGAGUUGGUCCCCCUUUGCUGCUAUAACAGCCUCCACUCUUCUGGGAAGGCUUUCCACUAGAUGUUGGAACUUGCUUCCAUUCAGCCACAAGAGCAUUAGUGAGGUCGGUCACUGAUGUUGGGCGAUUAGGCUGGCUCGCAGUUGGCGUUCCAAUUCAUCCCAAAGGUGUUCGAUGGGAUUGAGGUCAGGGCUCGGUACAGGCCUGUCAAGUUCUUCCACACCGAUCUCGACAAACCAUUUCUGUAUGGUUUGUGCACGGGGACAUUGUCAUGUUGAAACAGGAAAGGGCCUUCCCCAAACUGUUGCCACAAAGUUGGAAGCACAGAAUCUUCUAGAAUGUCAUUGAAUGCUGUAGCUUGAAGAUUUCACUUCACUGGAACUAAGGGGCCUAGCCCGAACCAUGAAAAACAGCCCCAGACCAUUAUUCCUCCUCCACCGAACUUUACAGUUGGCACUAUGCAUUGGGGCAGGUAGCUUUCUCCUGCCAGAUGGUGAAGUGUGAGUUGUCACUCCAGAGAAUGCGUUUCCACUGUUCCAGAGUCCUAUGGUGGCGAGCUUUACACCACUCCAGCCGACGCUUGGCAUUGCACAUGGUGAUCUUAGGCUUGUAUGCGACUGCUCGGCCAUGGAAACCCCUUUCAUGAAGCUUACGACGAACAGUUAUUGUGCUGACGCUGCUUCCAUAGGCAGUUUGGAACUCGAUAGUGAGUGUUGCAGACGAUUGUUACGCGCUUCAGCUCUCGCCGGUCCCAUUCUGUGAGCUUGUGUGGCCUACCACUUCGCGGCUGAGCUCUUCAGUAAGGCCAUUCUACUGCCAAUGUUUGUCUAUGGAGAUUGUAUGGCUGUGUGCUCUAUUUUAUACACCUGUCAGCAAUGGGUGUGGUUGAAAUAGCUGAAUCCACUAAUUUGAAGGGGUGUCCACAUACUUUUGUAUAUAUAGUGUAUCAGCCCUUACCCCCCUAGGUACUUAUCAGCCCCUACUCCCCUAGAUAUUUAUCAGCCCCUACUCCCCUAGAUAUUUAUCAGCCCCUACUCCCCUAGAUACUUAUCAGCCCCUACUCCCCUAGGUACUACACAUCCCUUAACCCCCCUAGGUACUUAUCAGCCCCGACUCCCCUAGAUACUUAUCAGCCCCUACUCCCCUAGAUACUACACAUCCCUUACCCCCCCUAGGUACUUAUCAGCCCCGACUCCCCUAGAUACUUAUCAGCCCCUACUCCCCUAGGUACUACACAUCCCUUACCCCCCCUAGAUACUUAUCAGCCCCUACUCCCCUAGGUACUACACAUCCCUUACCCCCCCUAGGUACUUAUCAGCUCCUACUCCCCUAGAUACUACACAUCCCUUACCCCCCCAGGUACUUAUCAGCCCCAACUCCCCUAGAUACUUAUCAGCUCCUACUCCCAUAGAUACUACACAUCCCUUACCCCCCUACGUACUUAUCAGCCCCAACUCCCCUAGAUACUUAUCAGCCCCUACUCCCCUAGAUACUUAUCAGCCCCUACUCCCCUAGGUACUUAUCAGCCCCUACUCCCCUAGAUACUUAUCAGCCCGACUCCCCUAGGUACUUAUCAGCUCCUACUCCCCUAGAUACUACACAUCCCUUACCCCCCCAGGUACUUAUCAGCCCCUACUCCCCUAGAUACUUAUCAGCCCCUACUCCCCUAGAUACUUAUCAGCCCCAACUCCCCUAGAUACUUAUCAGCUCCUACUCCCCUAGGUACUACACAUCCCUUACCCCCCUAGGUACUUAUCAGCCCCUACUCCCAUAGAUACUACACAUCCCUUACCCCCCAGGUACUUAUCAGCCCCUACUCCCCUAGAUACUACACAUCCCUUACCCCCCCAGGUACUUAUCAGCCCCUACUCCCCUAGAUACUACACAUCCCUUACCCCCCCAGGUACUUAUCAGCCCCUACUCCCCUAAAUACUUAUCAGCUCCUACUCCCCUAGGUACUACACAUCCCUUACCCCCCCUAGGUACUUAUCAGCCCCUACUCCCCUAGGUACUACACAUCCCUUACCCCCCUAGGUACUUAUCAGCCCCUACUCCCAUAGAUACUACACAUCCCUUACCCCCCCAGGUACUUAUCAGCCCCUACUCCCCUAGAUACUACACAUCCCUUACCCCCCCAGGUACUUAUCAGCCCCUACUCCCCUAGAUACUACACAUCCCUUACCCCCCCAGGUACUUAUCAGCCCCUACUCCCCUAGAUACUUAUCAGCUCCUACUCCCCUAGGUACUACACAUCCCUUACCCCCCUACGUACUUAUCAGCCCCAACUCCCCUAGAUACUACACAUCCCUUACCCCCCCCAGGUACUUAUCAGCCCCUACUCCCCUAGAUACUUAUCAGCUCCUACUCCCCUAGGUACUACACAUCCCUUACCCCCCCAGGUACUUAUCAGCCCCGACUCCCCUAGGUACUUAUCAGCCCCGACUCCCCUAGAUACUUAUCAGCUCCUACUCCCCUAGAUACUACACAUCCCUUACCCCCCCAGGUACUUAUCAGCCCCAACUCCCCUAGAUACUUAUCAGCCCCUACUCCCCUAGGUACUACACAUCCCUUACCCCCCUAGAUACUUAUCAGCCCCUACUCCCAUAGAUACUACACAUCCCUUACCCCCCUAGGUACUUAUCAGCCCCUACUCCCCUAGAUACUACACAUCCCUUACCCCCCCAGGUACUUAUCAGCCCCUACUCCCCUAGAUACUACACAUCCCUUACCCCCCCAGGUACUUAUCAGCCCCUACUCCCCUAGAUACUUAUCAGCUCCUACUCCCCUAGGUACUACACAUCCCUUACCCCCCUACGUACUUAUCAGCCCCAACUCCCCUAGAUACUACACAUCCCUUACCCCCCCAGGUACUUAUCAGCCCCUACUCCCCUAGAUACUUAUCAGCUCCUACUCCCCUAGGUACUACACAUCCCUUACCCCCCCAGGUACUUAUCAGCCCCGACUCCCCUAGGUACUUAUCAGCCCCGACUCCCCUAGAUACUUAUCAGCUCCUACUCCCCUAGAUACUACACAUCCCUUACCCCCCCAGGUACUUAUCAGCCCCUACUCCCCUAGAUACUUCAUGUAGAUAUAGAAAGAUUCAAUAAGUAUACGCAUGUUGGUAUAGCCCCUCCUUUACCGCCUGAUAAGUUAGUUGCAUGGACUUUGUACUCAUAUCUUUGCCAUAUAUAUCUUAAUUGUGUGUGUGUUCAGGUUUGGGAUGCUGAGUAAGGAGGCUGUUCCCCAUGCAGAGACCGUACUGGCUUCACUGGCUAAGCACUUGGAGUCCAGGCUCUCCUUUGGUAAGAGGGGCAGAAGAAAUCUCUCUACUACUACUACUUUGCUCUCACAAACCCCAAUAUGGCUGCGUUUACACAGGCAGCCCAAUUUUGAUAUUUCUUUCACUAAUUGGUCUCUUGACCAAUCAGAUCAGCUCUGAGAAAGAUGUGAUUUGUGAAAGAUCUGAUGUGAUUUGUCAAAAGACCAAUUAGUGGAAAAAAUAUCAGAAUUGGGCUGCCUGUGUAAACGCUGCCAUAGUAACUCUUUCUCCCUACUCAUUCUAUUCCUCUUUAUACAGAAAAGGGCAGUAAAGAUUUUAUUUUAAGUAUAACCUUCUCUCUCCUUCUCGGUCCCUCUGUGUCCUUUAUCCUCUCCUUUAGAUAAAGGCGAGCGGGACAUGAUUAUCAUGAGGAACGACGUGGGCCUGCGCCACUCCACAGGCGAGCUGGAGACCAAGCACAUCAGCCUGGUGGUCUACGGAGACCCCGACGGCUACUCUGCCAUGGCCAAGACCGUGGGCUACCCUGCUGCCAUCGCUGCUCGCAUGGUGCUGGACGGUCAGUAGUGUAGCCUUGAGUUCUUAUUGCAUUUAUCAUGCCUGAGUUGUUGAUUAGGCUUUACUGAGAAUGACACACUUAUUCCACCGCCAGGGAACCUGUCAUUUUGCUAAAGAUGAAUGUACAACCCUAACAUGUACAGUGAGGGAAAAAGUAUUUGAUCCCCUGCUGAUUUUGAACGUUUGCCCACUGACAAAGACAUGAUGAGUCUAUAAUUUUAAUGGUAGGUUUAUUUGAACAGUGAGAGACAGAAUAACAACAAAAAAAUCCAGAAAAAUGCAUGUCAAAAAUGUUAUAAAUUGAUUAGCAUUUUAAUGAGGGAAAUAAGUAUUUGACCCCUCUGCAAAACAUGACUUAGUACUUGGUGGCAAAUCCUUGUUGGCAAUCACAGAGGUCAGAUGUUUCUUGUAGUUGGCCACCAGGUUUGCACACAUCUCAGGAGGGAUUUUGUUCCACUCCUCUUUGCAGAUCUUCUCCAAGUCAUUAAGGUUUCGAGGCUGACGUUUGGCAACUCAAACCUUCAGCUCCCUCCACAGAUGUUCUAUGGGAUAAAGGUCUGGAGACUGGCUAGGCCACUUCAGGACCUUAAUGUGCUUCUUCUUGAGCCACUCCUUUGUUGCCUUGGCCGUGUGUUUUGGGUCAUUGUCAUGCUGGAAUACCCAUCCACGACCCAUUUUCAAUGCCAUGGCUGAGGGAAGGAGGUUCUCACCCAAGAUUUGAUGGUACAUGGCCCCGUCCAUCGUCCCUUUGAUGCUGUGAAGUUGUCCUGUCCCCUUAGCAGAAAAACACCCCCAAAGCAUAAUGUUUCCACCUCCAUGUUUGACGGUGGGGAUGGUGUUCUUGGGGUCAUAGGCAGCAUUCCUCCUCCUCCAAACACGUUGAGUUGAUGCCAAAGAGCUCGAUUUUGGUCUCAUCUGACCACAACACUUUCACCCAGUUCUCCUCUGAAUCAUUCAGAUGUUAAUUGGCAAACUUCAGACAGCCCUGUAUAUGUGCUUUCUUGAGCAGGGGGACCUUGUGGGCGCUGCAGGAUUUCAGUCCUUCACGGCGUAGUGUGUUACCAAUUGUUUUCUUGGUGACUAUGGUCCCAGCUGCCUUGAGAUCAUUGACAAGAUCCUCCCGUGUAGUUCUGGGCUGAUUCCUCACCGUUCUCAUGAUCAUUGCAACUCCACGAGGUGAGAUCUUGCAUGGAGCCCCAGGCCGAGGGAGAUUGACAGUUAUUUUGUGUUUCUUCCAUUUGCGAAUAAUCGCACCAACUGUUGUCACCUUCUCACCAAGCUGCUUGGUGAUGGUCUUGUAGCCCAUUCCAGCCUUGUGUAGGUCUACAAUCUUGUCCCUGACAUCCUUGGAGAGCUCUGUGGUCUUGGCCAUGGUGGAGAGUUUGGAAUCUGAUUGAUUGCUUCUGUGGACACGUGUCUUUUUAUACAGGUAACAAGCUGAGAUUAGGAGCACUCCCUUUAAGAGUGUGCUCCUAAUCUCAGCUCGUUACCUGUAUAAAAGACACCUGGGAGCCAGAAAUCUUUCUGAUUGAGAGGGGGUCAAAUACUUAUUUCCCUCAUUAAAAUGCAAAUCAAUUUAUAACAUUUUUGACAUGCGUUUUUCUGGAUUUUGUUGUUGUUAUUCUGUCUCUCACUGUUCAAAUAAACCUACCAUUAAAAUUAUAGACUGAUCAUUUCUUUGUCAGUGGGCAAACGUACAAAAUCAGCAGGGGAUCAAAUACUUUUUUCCCUCACUGUAUGUGAAAGUGAAGUGAACUGACUUUCAAUCUGCAGGAGAAAUCCGUACGAAGGGACUGGUGGUGCCAAUGACUAAGGACAUCUAUGGACCGGCUCUGAAAAGACUGCAGGAGGAGGGCCUCCAGUUCACCUCGAAAAGCACCAUCCAAGAGUAGGAACUCAUGAGUCAUCGGCUGCGUCUCAAUAGUGUAAUGAUUUCCUUUCCUGGUGUCCUCUCCUUCAUCUGCACUGAUCCA